AUGACUACAGAAAAGAGAAUUGCAUCAGGGGGAGUAAGCUAUAGCUUAGAUUCGGAUGAUAGUGAACACGACCCCUUCGAAGCAGACGAGGAUAGUGAAUACUACCCAUCCGAGGAUUUUGAUGAAUCUAUAGAAUAUGUUGAAUCGGAAAUUAGUGGCACGGAGAAUAGACCUUCUACUAGUGGUAUUCAUGUUACCCCAAAAAAUACCAGAAAAAGGAAUAAGGAUAUGGGUAAAUGGAAGAAUCAGCAAAGAAAGCGGGCUAGAAAAGUGACAACGAGUAGACCAAAUUUAUCUGUGGAAAAUUUAAACCAACCCCUGUAUAGAGCCGUUUUGGAAAUUCCAUAUGCUAAGUGGGAAAAUCUUAUUCAGCUGUUGCCUUUUAUUCCCCCAGUUUAUCAUACCUUUUACCAAAAUAUGGCCCAUCAACCCAAAAAGAAUAAAAAUUCAACAAAAAGUAAGCCAACGACGGAAACUCAAACGGAAGAAAAUGUCCAAGAAGAAAAUAAUGAUCUUGACAUCUAUUCUGACUAUGACAAUUAA